AUGGACGAUGCCAAACGCCUUACGCAAGCAUCAAAAGAUAGCACAAUCUUCAAGCACCAGCCUCUCGAUCAUUCUAAGCCAUCUAUCCGACUCGUACAUCUACUACCUGCCCUUUCGCCUCGUAACCAGAUCCAAUGUUCUAUUACGCACGCUACUGUAGGUGCUAAAUACACCUGUCUUUCCUACCGAUGGGGCGAUCCUAGCCCAUCCCAGGAUGUCCUCAUCGACGGCAAGGUUUUCACUGUCCGCCUGAAUCUCUUCGAGUUUCUGGCAACGGCACGAGAGAAGGCCGCUUCUGACGCUUCUGCUUCUCUCGGACCCUUCUGGAUAGAUGCGUUGUGCAUUGACCAAUCAGACGUUCUCGAACGCAACCAUCAAGUUCGUCAGAUGGGAACAAUCUACAAAAACGCCGUGCAAGUCUACGUGUGGCUCGGAUCGAUGACCUGGGAUCGCCUCACUCUUCUGCCGGUUCUACAACAAGCCAGAGCUCUCAUGCAUGAAUGGGACACUUUCAAACGGCACAGCGAUAUGCUUGCUCAGCGUGUUAUGGACAACGAUUACUGGACUCGUGCAUGGAUCGUACAGGAAGUGGCGCUUGGCAGGGAUGUCAUCUUAUGGCUAGGCGCCGCCUCCAUCAGCUUGGGUGAUAUGGUGCACGGAUUAGACUAUGUCUUCUAUCUAGACAGAGCGGUGCAAUCACGUCUCAUAUUCCAACUUGGUCGCACUUGGCAGAAAGGGUUCUACAAAGACAAAAACUUGGUUCAUUUACUAGACUGCUUUCGAGAUCAGCAGUGCUCAGAUGUUCGCGACCGUGUCUUCUCGCUCCUUUCAUUAGUCACCGGCGAAGGCAGAGACCUAGAGGUUAACUACAACACCUCUCGAGCUGAAUUAGCAGCGGAAGUAUUGCGUCGGUGCAAGAGCUCACUAUGCUUUUGUACGGCGUUGAUGAUCGUACAGAUGCUUGAGCUCGGAACUACUGACACUCCGGACGCAGAGCAAGACCACAGGUUACUACCCUGCCUCGAAUUUUGCGUCGAAUACGUUUCUGCGUCGUCUCGCAGCCUCCACGAUAGAAAAGUACCAUGUGGGAAGUGGCCUCCUGGCUUGAGCUUCUCUGAUACCUGCGACUCUUUGGCGCUGUUCCCUGCUAGGCUCAAUCAGUACCUAACCUACUGGGACGACGGUGGCCCUGUGCAGCAACCACCGAUGCAGAAAGAGGGUGUCGUGUUUAGAGCAGUUGAAGGCUGGGAAAAUAUCUACGUUGUGCGCAUCUCAUUGCAGUUUCUGGCAACAAUGGUAGAGUUCCCUGUCGACAUAUGUGCGCACGCAAAGAAUGAGUCUCAGAGAAGUGGUAUACCAACAGGCUACCCGCGAAUUUGCUACGCUGCGGAUGAUUUUGAACAACCGGGAUCUGCAGAAUCAUCGUUCCCACAGGUCCAAGACAACACAACCCCGACGGUACGGAAACGGAAAGCACGCGCAGCAAACGUCAAGGACGAGUGGAUGCAACGAGAUGCAAUUAAAGCAGUAUCGAAGCGAAGGAGACAAUUCAUUGAGUGA